AUGGCUCACUCAGUAUCCAGCGCCGGCUUUCUACGCCUUCCGCCGGCUACUGCUGCUCUCCUUCUCAGCGCGGCAUUUGGGUUGACGAGUGGUCAUGUGCUGCCCAGACAGACGAAAACUGUUGAGCUGCAUGAGUUGAAUGUCGUUCCUUUUCCACGACCAACGGAAGCUCCAGUCUUACUUUCCGACUUGUUGCGAAGACAGGGACAAAACACUGUAUGUGGCUUCAUCGGGGGUAAUCCAAACCUACCUGCGACAUGUUUGGCAGGGUCCCAUUGCGUAUUGGAACAGGAUCAUGGUGUGGUGGGCUGCUGUCCGGACGGCGGAACUUGCUCGACGGGUAUAUUUACUGGUUGUGUCGACCGUAACAGCGAUCUGCAAACCGAAAUCAAUCCUUACGUGUAUACGUGCCAAGGGUCGGACGUGUGCUACAGGAAUAACUUUGCUGGCGGGUAUUUCCAGUUUGGUUGCGGAACCGCAUCAUCAUUAGGUACUACUGUCGAAACAUCCGUCGAUGGCAUGACAAGCCUAGUGUUCGAAGAGACAGCAGUGUCGCUAACGGCAUUGCCGUCAAUUCUUCCCGAGCCUACUUCCAUCGGGUCCCAGCCUUCGAGUGCAACGGAGGACCCUAACUCAGAUCCUCCCCCUAGUGGGUCUGAUACAACAUCACCAACGACACAAACACCUUCAGUUACAACAGACUCUUCGUCUACCUCUGAAUCUUCGCCUUCACUGUCACCAUCAUCUUCUGUGUCCUCCUCAUCACGAUCUUCAUCACGAUCUUCAUCACGAUCCUCUUCACGAUCCUCUUCAUCGUCAUCAACAUCUUCAACCUCUACUUCAUCUUUGCUUACAUCUUCGUCUUCAUCCACAAUAUCGCCUUCAUCGACCACUGGCACGACUACAUGGCCGAGUAUAACAUCGUCAUUUGGCGCCGAAGCACCCACCGAUUCUAGCUCACCCACGGCGGCAGCCGGAGCCAGUGAGACUAAUAGGGGGGCUAUCAUCGGGGGUUCCAUCAGCGGAGCCGCAAUUCUAGUAGCGAUAAUUGUCGCUAUAGUCCUCUUCUUCAUGCGGAAGCGGCGUGGUAAUAACCGCGAAGGUCCUGGGCCUUUACCAACAGACGCGCCGCCCAGGACGGAAUAUAUCAGUCCGAAAAGUCACGGCGCUGCGUUUGCACCGCUCCCCUCGUGGCAAGAUGAAGAGGAAGACAGGAGACCCCUAACUCAAUACACUAACCAACCAUACCGCUCGAUCCCUGAGCCGCCACCACUACAAGCAAAAUCCGACAUGGCGCCCGCAAGGACUGCCCCAACAAAUCGUGGCUUCUCUCAGCCGUUGCGCUACCACCCACCCACCGUACGCCUAGUUCCCCCUAUGGGCGUAGGAACAGGGCUCACUCCCGUCGCGGAAGAAGAGAACCCAUACGACCAGGACAGCCCCAGCGAGUCCGACCAUAGUAUCAACCGAGGCCCCACGCCGACCGAGAUCGACGACUUCUCGCGCGCGUAUAUGAGUGCGGGCAUCGGCACCCAGGAGCUCGAGGAUGACCGACAACCACUUACCGACGGUGGAGGGAUGCGCUCCGGCGCCGAGUCCCCGGGCGGAAGCCAGAGCCCACCCAGGGGGAAUGGUAUGGGGAAUAGGCCGCUGUGGCAGCAGAAUCGGCAGCAGGGGAGGAAUUUGAUGUGGCUAUAA